GUAGAAAAAUAUUCAUCUCAAAACUACACCACAGAAAUGCGUGUAUUUCCAGAGAAGUCCCAGUAUCAGCUCAACCAUGUAAUAACAAUCAUAUGAUAUCAGGUAGACAACUCUCGGAAAUAAACUUUGUGUGUGAGAAUUUUUUGAAUGCACGUGGAGUAAUAAAAGUUCUAAGGAAGGUUCAUUAUAUGGCUAAAUUCCCAAUGGUAUUUUUUUAGAUUUCACAAUGAGAUAAAAUAUGGCAAUAAAUGUGGAGUGAAACUAAUCAUAAAUAAGUAAUAAAAAAGUACCUGAAAUGUAGAAAUUUUUAGUGGUAAUAGAUUAUCGUGUAUUUAUGUAUUUGAUUCAGACCCAGAUCACAUGACCAUUAAAGUUGCCUCUCUGUGUAAAACUUUUGUUGCAUUCGGUUAGCAUGUGGGUCGAACUUAUACUUUGUAAGUGCUCAGUAUUAUGCACUGAGAAAAUGUUAUAAUUAAUCUUGACAAUCAUCAUUUGCCAGUUAUUAUUAGUUGUGUGGAGCUCCCAACACUUACCUAAAUCUUGCAUAAACAAAGUUAACAAGCAUUGCAUAUGUUGUAUAAAUUUAUUAUGGACAAAUUAUGUUAUAUAAAUAUCAGCAAGCAAUAAAAUUCUGAAUAAAAUCCAAACUCAUUAUUUAGUAAUGUAGUACAUACUGUAAAAACGGGUGAAGUUUGCAGCUCUGACGUCAUUUCGCUCCUCCUAGCAGGGAGGUAUUGAACAGUGUAGUGCUGGAGCCACCACCACCGCUCAUGAAAUAAAUAAAAUAACUCACUUCUGGAAAUCCCAAUUGGCCUUCAAAUUUUACAUAUUCUUUAUUUAUUAUUCGAAUCAGAUGGUAAAUGUUUAUUUAUCACCAUUACGCACACGCUGAUAGCUCAUUUUUAGUAAUUCAAAUACUAGUUUAUUUUGACAAUUAUUAUUUAAUUUUUACUUGAUCAUUUGAUAACUGAUAUCAUGUCAGACGAGAAUCAACCCCCUUCAAAAAAAAGACACAUUUCGACUGAUAAAUUGAACGUUAAGCAUGCAAUAUCGGAAAUUGGAAUAUUUAUCAACAAAGUGAAGAAUAAGUUAGAAGAAUUCAUUCAAUCAAAAAAUAAAAUACUAAAUUUAAGUUGUGGGGAAAACAGUUUUAAUUCUCAAGACGAGCUACACGGUGACCACAACUCUGAGGAUAAUCAAAUCGGACAGUUCUCAACAUCAAGCGAAUGUCAAACAGUUUUUAAAGAGCUAGGAAUAAACAAUGUUAAUAAGAAAAUCUCUAAAUUGCUAGGUAUAUCAGAAAGAUCAGUAUAUGGAAUUAAAAUCAACGAUGCCAAAUUAAAUACUGAAUCAGUAAAAAAACUCAGCUCAAAAAAAAUAGUUUGCGAAGAAUUUUUUAUCUCUAUGAUAAGACGAUUAAAUCAGGAAUUUUAUAAAAAUAAAGAAUAUCCUACGGCCAGAAAGUUACUUGAUCGUUGCUUAGAUAAUCCCGAAUUUCCAAGAAUCAAACUAACGUUAUUUAGGGAGUGGAUGAUAAAUGAAUGCAAAUUUAAGUACCGAAAAAUCAAUAAAAAACCUGUGUUCUUGGAACGCUACGACAUCGUCGCCCAACGAGAAUUCUACCUAAGAAGUAUUCGCAAGUUUCGCCAAGAAGGAUACUCAGUAUUCUACUCUGAUGAAACCUGGGCGUCACCUGAUCAAGCGAGGAGUCGUUGCUGGCAGAUUUUAUUAUCUGAUGAAGAGUAUAAAGACAUGACGGGGUUUUGGGGUGGCGACUGUUUGCGGGAUAUGAACGGUUAUGCUGGGGGAUUUUUAUUGAAAUCGGCAAACGGAAGCAUUAUAAUUAACCACAUUGGCAACGAAUUAGGAUUUUUGGCCGGUGGGGACGACGUUUUCAUCUCAAAAAAAGACACAAAGGACUAUCACGGAAACAUGAAUAGUGAUCGGUACUUGGAAUGGUUUGCCAAAAUUGUCGGAUUGGUGCCAGACAAAUCGGUGUUAGUGCUGGACCAGGCCCCUUACCACAAAAAAAGGGUAAAAGACUCAAUUAUGCCAACCAUGGCGUGGUUAAAGGCAGACAUACUAGCUUGGUUUGAAAGAAACGCUAUUCCAUUGCCAGAGAAUGUUUCUAACUUCUGCACUAUGACGAAACAAACUUUAAUAGCGCUGUCAAAAAAAUAUCCGAAGCCGAAGAAAUUCAUUGUAGAAGAAAUUGCCGAAGCCUCCGGGAAAAAUAUAAGAAUUUUGUGGUUACCUCCAGCUCAUUGUGAGUUCAAUCCCAUAGAAUUAGUUUGGUCAUUCAUAAAAAAUGACAUUGCUACUAAUAAUAAAGGCAAUAAUGCUGAGGGAAUAUUAGAGUUGGCAAAAUUAGCUAUUUUAAAAGUAACACCUGAAUUAUGGAGCCGUUGUGUAAAGCAUGCGAUUAAAUAUGAGGAUCGUAUGUGGGAUAGGGAUAAGCUUGUUGAUGAAUUUAUUUCUAACCCGAAGAUGGCUCAAAUUAUAAUUACUGCAGGAAAUGAUUCUUCCGAUUCUAGCUCUUCUGAUUCUGACGACAAUGAAUAAUAUAUCAUAAUAAAUAAAGAAUAUGUAAAAUUUGAAGGCCAA